CCAAAGCACCAGUCUAUGACAGUAUGACCAGACCCCAAUAAUCUCUCCCACUACAUAAAAAUCUCUACCUUCUCCUCUCUCUCACACACCGUCAAAGUGAUGGCUCUGCAACUAUGGGAGACUCUCAAGGAGUCAAUUACGGCCUACACGGGUCUUUCUCCGGCAGCCUUCUUUACAAUUUUGGCUCUGAUGUGGGCCGUGUACUAUGUGGUGUCCGGGUUCUUUGUAUCGCCUGAUCAACAUCAUCAAGAGAGGUCCAGAAACUUCGAGGAGCAGAUGCAGCCCCUGCUGCCUCCUGUCCAGCUCGGAGAGGUCACCGAGGUGGAGCUUAAGCAGUACGAUGGCUCCGAUCCUAAGAAGCCCUUGCUCAUGGCUAUCAAGGGCCAGAUUUUUGAUGUUUCACAGAGCAGGAUGUUCUAUGGACCUGGUGGGCCUUAUGCAUUGUUUGCUGGGAAGGAUGCAAGCAGAGCCCUCGCUAAGAUGUCUUUUGAAGACAAAGACUUGACUGGGGAUAUCUAUGGUCUUGGUCCAUUUGAAUUGGAUGCGUUGCAGGACUGGGAAUACAAGUUCACGAGCAAGUAUGUUAAGGUUGGAACUAUUAAGAAGGACGUUCCAGUAGCUGAUGGAGCCUCUACGGAAGAACCUUCAGCCCCUGCAGAACAUGAUGCAACUAAGCCUGCAGAACAUGAUGCGCUCAAGCCAUCUGAGAAUGGACCAUCAGAAACUACAACCAGCAGAGCUGAGGAGACCACUUCUGGUGGUGAUGUUAAAGAGGAGUAAAUCGCUUAGAUCAAAGUGGCAUAACUUCCUAUUUGGGAUACUAUUUCUGAAUGAUAUGUGCCAAGAUAGCGUUCAAGAAAGAGUAAAGUCACGGGUUCUUGAUCUAGUUUCCCAUAUGUAAGCUAGCCUAGAAUACUCAGCUCACUUGCUUCCUUUGUUGUUAAUUUUGCUAUAUAAUAAAUUGGCGUUGGGCUGGAGUUGUUUUCUUAAUGCGCUUUUGCAUUACCUUAUGUUAUGGAAUGAUUGAAAAUUUAUGGGGAUGGUUUAUUAGCAAUUUAGCAUU